UUAAUGAAUCGCCCGUGUCGUAAUGCACCGUUACAUUGGAUUAUCUCCGUGACACGAACUGACCACCAUGCUGACCACAGUUCUUAAGGAUACAGACACCAAAACAACAUUGAACUUGCCAAGCAAAGUGGGAACGUCAUACUUAAAUUCACCGUAACAUAUCGGUGUAUUAUAAACUUUAUGUUAAUGAGCAGACUCUGAUCCAAAUUGAUUGAAUGGCGAACAGGAAGGAGAUACUAUAGUAGAUGACAAUAGCAUUUCCGGUACAUCCGUAAUACGGACAGCGACGGCUUCCUUGUUCACUGAUACAAAACAGAAUAAACAACCUGCACAUUGAUCACUCCAGCUGGCGAUGGAGAACUACACCAGAGAGAUGAUCCCAUCCAAUUUGACGAAUGUGUCUUCCGUGGUAGAUUUGGAGUGGGAGGACUUUGUGAAUAAUGAUCUCUCUAUCGCAAUAUUCAUGGUAUUCCUGUCUAUAAUCGGCUCCGUGGGCAAUGGUCACGCUUUCUGUGUGUAUUUCUGUCGUUACAAUUCCUCCAACCACCGGACAUUUGUUGUGGCAUUGGCCGUAAUGGAUUUCAUAGCCUGUUUUGUUGUGAUACCGUUUGAGAUUUUUGACAUGAGGUAUAAAUACACUUUUACCUCAUCAGACACAUGUAAAACCUUUCGGUACAUCAAUCACUGUGUUGUCGUUAGUUCAGGCGUGAUGCUGGGUGUCAUAGCAGUCGAGAGGUUCCGAAAAGCCUGCAGACCAUUCCUUAGACAGUUGUCAACUAAGGGUGCACUUGCGGCCUGCCUGGGGACAGUGUUAUUCUCUGUGAUUGUAAACACUCCUUCCAUUGUGUUUUACGGGUCCGCGGAAAAGGAAGUGAAAGGAAUUACUGUCUACAACUGCCAAGCUCUACCCGGCUUCCGGAAGAAUAUCUUCUACAAAAUGUAUAACGGAUUUCUUCUGAUCCUCAGUACGAGUAUAUUUCUGAUAUGCACGGUGAUGUAUAUAUUUGUAGGCCGGGUACUGUAUAAACAAAUGAAAUUCCGCAUGGAGGUGCAACAGACGCAGAGAGCCCCCCAGCAAUCAAUGAUCAACGACGACGUCGAGAGCGAGUCCAGCUCAGUGAUGUUGAGUACGCGGGAGAGUUCCUCUCAAGGAGGUAAAAAGAAUGUACUGCGUUCGUUGAGUUCUGUGUCAAUGAACGCUUUAAACAGACUGUCAACAAAACGCAAGAAAUUUGGUGUCAAUCGGAGUAGAAGGAUCACUGUGAUGUUUAUUGUGGCUACGGGUGUGUCUUAUAUCGGUGUAUUCCCUAACAGUGUGUUACUAAUCAUAAAGGCAGCGAAUAAGUCUUAUUACAGGACCAUGUCGGCCGAGCUCGGAUCCUUCAUACGCUUUUUGUUACGGGGAUAUUUCCUCAGUAAUGUGACUAAUCCUAUUGUCUAUAGCUUUUUCGAUGAUCGUUUUCGGAGAGAAUGCAGAAAUCUGUAUUCUAGAUUAAAAUGCUAACAUCCUCAAUUUAGCAUAGGUGUUCUUUAUAGCAAUCAGUGGUGAACUUUUUAUCACGUUUUUCCAAAAAAAAUAUAUAUUUUACAUUUUUCCCAAUUUUUACAAUUAAAGAAUAGUUGAAAUUGUUUUAUAUACUUUUAUAUUAUAUACGUUCUAGAACGAAAAAAAAUGAUGAAUUGCCAUAACAUUCACUAUUACUAUGCUCUUGUGAAUGGCUAGAUAUCAGCGUACACAUUCGAGUUAGAAUGUCCCAAAUAUGUUUUUAAAGUAGGAUCAUGUUUACUUUCUAUUUUGAAAGUUUGAUGCAUCAAUUUUGAUCGAAUUUUGUGAAAAUCAUUUAGAAUUUCUCUGGACAUUGGAUUAUACGUCCAUUCAAAUUGCUUCUUUAAUAAUAGCAAAUGGAUUGCAUGUCAAAAUGAUAAAAGGUUUCCGGAUGUGUAAAUAUGUCAACAGGGGUUUUAUACUGAUAAUAUAUCUGGUUCUAUAUAAAUAA